AUGAGGCGUGUCCUUUCUGAAGUUAACUGUGUGGAGGACCUUUUCUCCAUGGCCUUGGCUAAUCGGGAGGCUUACAAGGCCCUUAAGGGGAACGAGCUUCUGCCUAUAAAACUUCUGGAGGUAAGUAUGACAUACUGGGAUAGGGGCCCGCUCGCAGGUAGUCAGUCUCUAGCAGCAAGCCUCUACCCUUGGCACUAUACGCCGAACAUAUACAACUUAAUCCGCAUCAAAUUCCUAAUCCUGGACCACUGUCAGACCAUUGUACGCCUAGACACAAUCGCGGUGCUCCAUGACCCCUAUAGUGGCCUGGAUUCCGCAGUGGACGCAGCCAUCUGGCGCGUCUGGACAUUCUGUCUCCUGUUCGGGUGUCAGAAGGGCCGGGAUGCAGACCUUCCCUCAAUACGUUGUACCAGUCCUGAUGCCAAUUAUGCCAGCUCUGUGCUCUUCAUACUGCCCGCAGGAUUUAUUUGUAAUAUAGUAGAGAUCUGGACUGCUGUGGCUGCUUUACUGGGCUUCUUGCAGGAUGGGACCGGCCGUGCACGCUCAAUAGGCAUUUUUGACAAGGCUCAUGUCGCAGUUGGGGACAUCCAGCAGAAGUGUUUGAUGUUGACUCUCGCACCAACCGGUCCCUACUCUGAUCCCGACACAGCCUUCCAACGGGCGAGCACCUAUGGCUGGACGGACUGGAUACCGCCAACCACUUGA